UGAGCUAAUCCAUGCAUCAGAGUAGCCAUUUUGUCUUCAUCCUCAAAUCCCACCAUUGGCCACUCCUCACGCCUCGUUGCCUGCACGAACAACAUUUGUAGAUUUCAAUAACCACGCUGCUAAGAUGCAAAAUUCCCCAACUAACUUCGUCUCUUUCACAAAUGAAUCCGCCACUUGCCAAUCACCCACGCAUCUCCUCAAACCACUCCCGCAUGUAAGGCUGCACACUCACACUAUUACGCGGAUAUAAAAGGAAUGAUACAAGAAGAAGAAGAAGAAGAAGGAUAUACAAUUCAAGAUGAGUGAAGGAAGUGAGGCAUUGGUGGUUUGUAGUGAUAGGAGUUUAAAAGUUGGGAUGACAAUUUGGGAUAUUGAAACCGGGGAUCAGAUUCUUCGGAUACCGAGUUGUGCUGCUUCUCCCCAUGGCUUAUUGUGUUUGAGAAAUCAAUAUCUUGCAGCUUCUCAGGUUAAUAGACAUGGCUCUCUUGGUGGUGGUAGUGUCUUCAUGUGGGCAUUAAAUAAGCCUCAACCACCACUUCGAAGCUACACAAUGGAAGCCAUGGGGCCAAUUUGUUGCUCAAAUGAUGGUGUGUAUCUUGCUGGUGGUGCUUCUUCAGGGAAUGCUUAUAUCUGGGAGGUUGCUAAUGGAAGAUUACUGGCUAUGUGGCGUGCCCAUUAUAAAUCUUUAAAGUGCAUGGUCUUUUCAGAUGAUGGUUCCCUUCUUAUUUCUGGUUCAGAUGAUGGUAUGAUCUGCAUUUGGUCUAUGAUUAGAUUAAUGAAGAAAACCUCUGAAAUGAUGCAUCAUUCCAAUCAUUCAGAGAGUUGCUUGUUGGAAAUGGAAGAUUCUGGCAGUGAAACUUCUUUGUUACAUUAUUCAUUGGAGCAUAAGUCCUCCAUUACCGGUUUGCUAACUGUAUCUAGCUCACAUUUUGUAUCUUGCUCCCUUGAUGCAACAUGCAAGGUUUGGGAUUUAAUCUCAGGAAGGCUUAUACAAACACAAGUUUAUCCUCUAGCUUUAACUGCAAUUCUUCUUGAUCUGGUACGGCUGCUCAUGUUUGUAGGCAGUGUUGAUGGGAGAAUAUUUGUUAACAGGCUUGAAUUUGGGAUAGGACUGGAUGACCCUAUAAUUGUUGCAGAAGAUGAGUCUCGCAUGCUUAAAGGACACAGUGAAGCAAUAACUGCAUUGACCUUGAGUGCAUCCUAUCUGAUAUCAGCAUCAGAAGAUAGAACUGUCUGUCUCUGGGAUGUCAGUCGUAGGGUGAUCGUUCGAAGAUUCGACCAUGAUAAAGGACCGGUAACUAAUCUGUUAGUGAUUCCAAAGUUCUCACUACUUUCAUCGUCAAGCCAUCAAAAAGUGUCCAAUAAGUUCCGCAUUUCUCUGCUGGAUAAGUAUCCUCAGCAAGAUAACUUUUCAAAGGGAAUGAAAACCCUCCUCCAUUCACAUUUUUCUAGACAAGAUGAUGAAUUCUGCAAAAUUUUCCAAGGAACCAAGUCACUAGAUCAGUAUAUGUGUGAACUGCAGCUAGAAGGAACACCUGCUGCCAUGGAAAUGAAAGUGGAAACAAGCACAGAUUAUCGGACAUGGGCCACAAGAAUGACCAAGCAUGUGAUGGAGAUGAAUAAGCAUUUGCAAUCUCGACUGCUGGACCUUAUGCAAUGCCGAUUGUUAAGGUCCAGAGAAGCUGACUUACCCGCAACCAGAAACAAAAAGAAGCUCAAGAUAGAAAGCCUAUCACCCAGUGAUGAGUAGCACAUACAGCCCUCAGGUUAAUUAUCCCAGAAUUCUUCAUAAAAACUACAUUAAAAACAAAAAAGAAAAAAAAAAGAAUUCAAAUUCCAUAGUUAUUGUACCCCUGCCUAUAAGACUUUGUGAAUUUUAUACCUUUGAAAGUUGAAAUACAGUGCAAACAAUUGCAGGCUUAUGGUAA